GGCAGAGCAAGUUUUCCACCCAGUAGAAGAGAAGUUAGUCGCCCAAUAAUAGGCGAGUGCCUCAAAUACAAUCAGAUAGGUCUUGGUGAAAACAUACAUCCGAUCACGUUGUAAAAAGCACAAGUAAAUCCUCGAGCUCGCGGCUGCAGUUGAUUCUCUUUUCUUCGAGAGUCGAAAAAAAAUGAAUUUUUCCAGUUACUGCUUGUGCCAGUUACUGCUUCCAGAUUUGAGGGUGGACCGCACCGAAGUAGGUCCUUUCAUGUUCGGAAAAA